GGUGCGACCAUGAAGGGAAUCUUCUUCUUGGUCAAGACGGUCUGAAGUGCACCAAAGAGGUCUUCGGGGGUGACGUAGGCUACUGGCUGUCAGCUAUUUCCAACAGAUAUGCGCGUACGGUUGACCUACGAGAUUGGCCAAACUUGUGGACCGAUUUCUCCGCCUCGUGACUGUCGUACAAAUGCCACGCAUUCGCAUUGACUGCCGCACCCUCCUGCCUCGCCCUGAACGGGUCAUCCUGCUUGGCAAUGUCGAGGCCGCUGAAGACGAAGAACGGCUCUAUUUGCAAAGUCGCAAAUUUGUCGAGAUCCUCCUCAAUGUGCAGCCAAAAGCCCAGUGGCAGACCGCCCAGUGCAGGUACAAGCGGUUCGGAGAUGCUUUUGCGAUUGAGAAGGCGGUGGUCGAGGUAAUGGGCCGCUUCGAUGCCGACGCGAAGACCGCGCAGGUCUUCCAGCUGCGACGCUUCGCCGAUUGUGUUAUUCCAUGUCUGGAAGUCGCGAAUCAUAUUGCGCGGUGCGGAGAGGGCGCGGGGGUGUCGUCAGUGUGCGCAGGAGACUUUUGGAGCGGUGCGCCCCAUGCAAGGGAAGAGGGCGGCUGGGAUGCGGGAAGUCUGUCUCCUGGUCAAAGAGGAGGUUUGGGAAGAAAGAUACGACGGGCGGUGGUUUUACAAGUUGCUGUGGUCGUGAGACCCUGGAGCUCCAAACAAUUGCACCAGCUCCCGCACUACGCCUGGACCGUGCAUAUCGCCUAGCCACAAGCUGUUUGGUGCGAGCGGGAACCCCUCCAUUGGCCCAGUUCUGUUACACAGACUCGCAACUUCUCGAGUUAUAUUCUGAUAGUAGAUUCGCAGAAAUACUGUGAAGUUUAAGCCACCUCUGGAUCGCACAAUAGGA